GAGUGAGAGCCAGCUGGUGUGAACCGGGGUUCCUCGAAGCCUUCUGUGGUUGUGGGUGGUGUUCUCACCUCGCAGCCAAAAAUCCAUCUUUCUCUGCGCCGGAGGCAUGUAUGCAUGCGACAGUGCAACGGAGCCGAAGGUGCUUGCCUGCUUGCCUACCGGCUUGAACAGUGCUAGAGUGCCGGCUGGUCCCGAUCCAACUCCGGGAGCGGAGUCAGUGUGUUCCUAGAGGCUGCUGACUGAGACAGCGGGGUUGGGCAGCUGACCGAGCUGCGUCGCUGUAAACAACUGCGAGGGUACAAUGACGCACCUGAAUUUACACUUGCGCGACUUUUGGACGGUCGACUAGACAUCUUUGGAGUCAGUGUUCCGUGACGGACUGCCAUGACAUUUAGGCUACCCAUGCUGCUUUUUGCGCCGUAGACUGAGUAGCAUUAUAUGCUGUUUUAUGCUGAGGGGUUUUCCAACUAUGCCUAUUUCCUUGUAAUGCACCAUGACGUCUUACCUUAUUCACUAUUGAAGUGAGUAGCCAAUUUCAUUCAUUAUUGCCACACACACCUCUAUUCUAUUUCAUUUUCAGGUGAGUCACAUUGGAAUGAACAAUCACUGCUGUCAACUUGGAUAGUUGCCUGCCUGUCCGUCCCAAUGAGAUUUCAGUACUUUGGCAGUGAAAUAUGCCGUCUCUGUCUACAGAGAGCUGGACUGAGGUGCAGGUGGGCUGUCGUAUGAAAUAGGAGAAGGACUUGGUGGACACACACCCCCAAUUCAGUUGUUACACACACACUGUCGCUCGGAGUGGCGAGACGCAGAUGCGCACUCCACAGACACCCAACUCGGCACCCAACUUUUGCUCUGUGCGUGGAUCUAUUAAACAUAUAUUUUCUCUUCAAUGAGCUUGUGAACAAACGGAGGAUAGAUGUUAUUUUGCGGGCUAAUAUAUUUUUUCUAAAUAGCCGCAAAGGACCAGGGUUGGAGUAAGGAUGCCCGAUUGUCUUUGAGACACCUGCGUUGAUUUAUUAGCCUCGCUUGGUGAUUUCUCAAAUAUGGAUUAUGUGCGUAAUGUGGCUCAAAUAGCAGAGAAUGGAUAUUGUUUGUCGGUAAGGAUUUCAUAUUGAAUCGCCCAGUAGUGCAUUGAGGAGAGGGGCAGCCGCAGCCUGACGAUGCCGGACGCGUCUCGGGACGUGCCGGUGCAUUCCUCUCCAGCAGUGGCGGCGAACGCGGAGGGAGACGAGAUAGAAGUGCUGGAGAGUAUCGAUGUUCUUCCCGUGGCCCCAGAGGACCAAUGGAAAUCUCUGUUCGACAAGUUCGACUCAGAGAGUUCAGGCUUCAUCAGUACAGAGCGGUUCAGAGACCUGCUGGCGGCCCACGGCUCGGAGCUGGACCCUCACAAGCUGGAGGUUCUAUUGGCCCUCGCCGACGGCAACGCAGACGGAAAGAUCUGCUACCAGGACUUUGUCAACCUGAUGUCCAACAAGCGCAGCAACAGCUUCCGGCGGGCCAUCCUCCAGGGAAGUCGUCAGUUAAAGGGGGCUGGGGCCCUGGGGGAGGAGGUGGGUCUGGGUCUGUCCCAGAGGCUGGUGAGGCACAUUGCCUACGAGACCCUGCCCCGGGAGAUCGACAGGAAGUGGUACUUUGACAGCUACACCUGCUGCCCACCACCCUGGCUCAUCUUGGCUAUCACCAUUGCUGAGGUGGCAGUGUUCAUGUACUAUGGCCUGCAGUUGGAUCGCUGGGUGCUGCAGGUGUCCAGUCCCCACUUCCUAAGGGGUCCACUGCCAUACCACCCCCAGCUACGGAUUCAGGCCUGGAGAUACCUCAGCUACGCCUUCAUGCACGCAGGGAUAGAACACCUGGGUCUGAAUAUGGCCAUGCAGCUGCUGGUGGGAGUCCCUCUUGAGAUGGUCCAUGGAGCGCUGAGGAUAGGACUGGUCUACGUGUGUGGUGUACUGGCAGGCUCCCUGGCCGUCUCUGUCACUGAUAUGACUGCUCCGGUGGUGGGGUCGUCAGGAGGAGUCUAUGCCCUGGUCUCAGCACACCUGGCCAAUGUCGUCAUGAACUGGUCGGGUAUGAAAUGUCAGUUUAAGCUGUUCCGGAUGGCCAUGGCUCUGGUCUGCAUGAGUGUGGAGUUUGGCCGUGCCGUGUGGCUGCGGUUCUACCCGCCGGCCUUCCCGCCCUGCCCCAACCCCAGCUUUGUGGCCCACCUGGGGGGUGUGAUGGUGGGGCUCACCCUGGGGGUUGUAGUCCUCCAGAACUACGAGCAGCGUCUCCAAGAGCAGUCUCUAUUCUGGAUCUUCUUCUCUGUCUACUUACUCUUUGUCCUCUGUGCUGUCUUCUGGAACGUCUUCGCCUACAGCCUGCUGGACGUCCGGCUCCCCCCCACGCUUUGAGCUCCAGAGGUGGCUACAUGAGCUGCACCCUCGCCCCCAGGCCCACAGGCCUCCGAACAAGUCUGGUCACAAUAGUGCAGGGCUGCAUGCUAAGUCAGUUGGGCUUUUCAGAGAAAACUGAGAGGGCCAACUGCGUACCUCAGAUCCGAUGGAACGUAACAAUCUAGGUCCAAGACUUCAGAAUUUGUAUCUUCAUUCUAGAGUACUGUAUGGAACAGAGUAUUGCGGCAUCUCCUCUUAAACCCAAUGGUGCCUGUAACUGUAAGAAAGAGGUUAAUAUGACAGUUAGCUUCAAUAAAGGACAAUUUCAUAGGGUUGGAGAUUGUGAUGAUACCCAUGUCUUCAACCUGUCAUACUAUAGUACUGUUAUCUGAAAUGAAGCUAUGAAAUGUUCCACUGUCGACAUGUUACACUGUACUGAGUACAUCUGAUGUGACAUGGGUUUGUUCCAACUUCCUGAUUUUUGUCUGGUUACCUGACUGUUUAUACAUUCAACGAUGCUACGUGUACAUUGUUGCCUUUCACAAUAUGUCUGGCAAGACAAAUGGCUAAAGCAGAAUGAGAUGGGAACUCAAGCUAGAUAUUUUCAGGGUGAAUUGGCUUACGUUUUUGUUGUUGCCUUUGGUGUGUCUUGCUCUAAGUCUUAACUGUGUCAAGCACUCUUGUCACCUCAAAGCAGUGUGUGUGUGUGUGUGUGUGUGUGUGUGUGUGUGUGUGUGUGUGUGUGUGUGUGUGUGUGUGUGUGUGUGUGUGUGUGUGUGUGUGUGUGUGUGUGUGUGUGUGUGUGUGUGUGUGUGUGUGAGAGAGAGAGUUCUCACCUAUACAGUAUGGCAUGCACAGUACUGGAGGAGUGGACAGUUUUGGAGGAGUGGACAGUAUUGGAAAAGAGGACAGUAUCAUCCGGGUUACACUGAUUUACAUUAUUUUGUUAUGUGCAAAUGGAAAUGGAAGUUGAAACAAAGAUAGAAGUGCGGUUCAAACCCUCUGUGUUCCUGACCGUUGCCAAAACCAUCCCUUAACCAAUAGCAUACAAAAUACAGAGCACUACAGAGAACAUGUACUGUUUUAAUAAUAGAAUAUGUUGCCUUUUGGGAUGAGUACUGGUUGAGUUGAAUGUCAGCAUUCUCCUUCUGGCACAGACUUAUUGAUAGGUAUUCAAUCUUUAACUCUGUUACAGACUGUGGAAAUGGUGCUACAUGUAAAUAGGUCCCUCCCUGCAGAGUUAGCCUUCAGUUAGUACUGUACUGUCAAUGCCCUUA